GCCGGGCCGGGCGACGGUCGUGCGUGGCCGGAGUGACCGUGGGAGCCGAGGGGUGGGGGGCUGGGCUGCAUUUGCUGGGGCAGCGUUCGGCGUGUGUCCGCGAGGCGCGGCGGCGGCGAGACUCGGACCCGCGUCGGGAACUCUACUUUAAGAAUCUUUCAAAACAGAAAAAGCAAGUCAUGGAGAAGAAUGAGAUUAACCGGAAACUUCGGGUCUGUGUUGCUACUUGCAACCGUGCUGAUUAUUCUAAACUUGCCCCAAUCAUGUUUGGCAUUAAAACAGAGCCUGAAUUCUUUGAACUUGACGUGGUGGUGCUUGGCUCUCACCUGAUAGAUGACUAUGGAAACACGUACCGCAUGAUCGAGCAGGAUGACUUCGACAUUAACACUCGGCUGCACACGAUUGUCCGCGGGGAGGACGAGGCGGCCAUGGUGGAGUCCGUGGGGCUGGCCCUGGUGAAGCUGCCCGAUGUGCUGAACCGCCUGAAGCCCGACAUCAUGAUCGUUCACGGAGACAGGUUCGACGCCCUGGCCCUCGCCACAUCCGCUGCCUUAAUGAACAUCCGAAUCCUUCACAUCGAAGGUGGCGAAGUCAGUGGGACCAUCGACGACUCCAUCCGACACGCCAUAACCAAGCUGGCUCACUACCACGUGUGCUGCACCCGAAGUGCAGAGCAGCACCUCAUUUCCAUGUGCGAGGACCAUGACCGCAUCCUGCUGGCAGGCUGCCCUUCCUACGACAAACUGCUCUCUGCCAAGAACAAAGACUACAUGAGCAUCAUCCAGACGUGGCUAGGUGAUGAUGUGAAAUCUAAAGAUUACAUUGUUGCACUACAACAUCCUGUGACCACUGACAUCAAGCAUUCCUUAAAAAUGUUUGAGUUAACAUUGGAUGCAUUGAAAUCAUUUGACAAGCGGACCUUAGUUCUCUAUCCAAAUGUCGAUGCAGGGAGCAAAGAGAUGGUUCGAGUGAUCCGGAAGAAGGGCAUUGAGCGUCACGACAAUUUUCGAGCUGUUAAACAUGUCCCAUUUGACCAGUUUAUACAGCUGGUUGCCCAUGCUGGCUGUAUGAUUGGGAACAGCAGCUGUGGGGUCCGGGAGGCCGGAGCUUUUGGAACACCUGUGAUCAAUCUAGGAACUCGUCAGAUUGGAAGAGAGACAGGGGAGAAUGUCCUUCAUGUCCGGGAUGCUGAUACACAAGACAAAAUAUUGCAUGCGCUGAAGCUUCAAUUUGGCAAACAGUACCCCUGCUCAAAGAUAUAUGGGGAUGGAAAUGCCGUUCCAAGGAUUUUGAAGUUUCUCAAAUCCAUUGAUCUUCAAGAACCACUGCAAAAGAAGUUCUGCUUUCCUCCUGUGAAGGAAAAUAUCUCCCAAGAUAUUGACCAUAUUCUUGAAACUCAAAGUGCCUUGGCUGUGGAUCUUGGCGGGACAAACCUCCGAGUUGCCAUAGUCAGCAUGAAGGGCGAAAUAGUCAAGAAGUAUACUCAGUUCAAUCCUAAAACCUAUGAAGAGAGGAUCAAAUUAAUCCUGCAGAUGUGUGUCGAAGCUGCAGCAGAAGCUGUAAAACUGAACUGCAGGAUUUUGGGCGUAGGCAUUUCCACUGGCGGCCGAGUAAAUCCUCGGGAAGGCAUUGUGUUGCAUUCGACCAAACUGAUUCAAGAAUGGAAUUCUGUGGACCUCAGGACCCCACUGUCUGACACUUUGCAUCUCCCCGUGUGGGUGGACAACGAUGGGAACUGUGCUGCCCUGGCAGAAAGGAAAUUUGGCCAAGGAAAGGGCCUGGAAAACUUUGUGACUCUGAUCACAGGCACAGGCAUCGGCGGUGGGAUCAUCCACCAGCAUGAACUGAUCCACGGGAGCUCCUUCUGUGCCGCAGAGCUUGGUCACCUUGUUGUGUCUCUGGAUGGGCCCGACUGUUCCUGCGGGAGCCAUGGGUGUAUCGAAGCAUAUGCAUCGGGGCUGGCCUUGCAGAGAGAAGCGAAAAAACUACACGAUGAAGAGCUGCUCUUGGUAGAAGGGAUGUCAGUGCCAAAAGAUGAGGCUGUGGGCGCACCUCAUCUCAUUCAGGCUGCAAAACUUGGCAACGCAAAGGCCCAGAGCAUCUUGAGAACGGCUGGAACAGCUUUGGGUCUUGGGGUUGUGAACAUCCUCCACACUAUGAAUCCUUCCCUUGUCAUCCUCUCUGGAGUCCUCGCCAGUCACUAUAUCCAUGUCGUCAAAGAUGUCAUCCGCCAGCGAGCCCUGUCCUCAGCGCAGGAUGUGGAUGUGGUGGUUUCGGAUCUGGUUGACCCUGCCCUGCUCGGUGCCGCCAGCAUGGUUCUGGACUACACCACCCGCAGGAUCCAGUAGUCCUCACCGAGGGCUCGUGGACCAAGACUCGAGAGCUCCUUCAUGAAUUCAGGGUGACUCUUAGACACACGUUUCUUAGAAAGCAAAUUUGGUAUUUGGCAAGUGACUUUGGUGGAGAAGCUUUUGCUUUCUGUCUCCUGAAGUUCCUUUUCUCAGACCCAUUUUUGUAGUUGCUGCUCUUUCUGGGAUCAUUUUCAGCUCCAAUCAUGUAAGUACCAGUCACGCUUUUCUGUGCCAAAAUGAGCUACACGGUAGGCAGGGAAGCCUUAGGAUUCUGCCAACUCAGCGUACCCCAGAGACCUUUGGCCUUGCUUCCUGUGUGAGUGAACAAAAAAAACCUACAGAUAGGGAGGGCGAGUUAAUAAUCCUUCCUCCUCCAUCCUCGGUGCAGAUGGCAGCAGCUAUUUAAUCAGGGAAGAGAAGGAAAUCUCACCAUGGAAGGCUUGCGUCAAUUUUUUAAAAGUUUUAUUGCGGCAUUUUUAAGAAGUAUCAUUUUGAUAAGCUUUGGAUGAAACCAUGACCACAAUCAAGACUUGGACACUUGUCAUCCCAAUUGUCACUUGUUGAAUGAUGUUAUUUACUCCUCUAGCAGAACUUGUGAGCAAGUUUAGACCAGGAUCUGAACUACAGUGGCCUUAGUCCUGUUUGAAGGACAACUGAGAAGCCAGCCCCUCGGCUUAGUCUCUGAAAGGAGAUUCGACAUCACGGAAGACUGUGCUGUUGACAGCAGACCCCUCAGUAGCAUUUUCCACUGGCUGGGCUGUGCCCUCGGCUUGUGCACGGAGGCAAUGUUUGUAUCUGACCUAGGGUUCAGACCUGAGACUGCAUCCUGGCCGGAUACGAUUCUGUGUUCACUGGUCUCAAGGUACCAGUGUUCUUACUCAGUUGCAAUCUGAAAGAAAUAGUAAUGAAGAGCUGCCGGUUUUUAAGUGCCUCUUGUGUGUCCGGCUCCACACUAGGUGCUUCAUAUACAUUAUUCUGAAUUCUCACAAGCUGUGAAUGAGGUGUUUUAAUUCCCAUUUUGUAGAACCCUAAACUAAGGAGAUCUAGUGUGUCAAAUGAUGUGCCUAAAGCUCUGUGGCUAGUGAGUCUUGGUGACAGGGUUUGAUUCCAGGUUCUGUUUUUUUCUCUUCUGCUUAGGCACACCCCUCAUUUCAAAAACCUGGAGAAUACAUACUUUCCAUUUACUUCAGACUACUGAAAGCUUUAAUAAGCAUCUCAUUUGCAAACAACUUGACUGUUCCACAAUCCUCUCCGUGGUGAGGAACAAUCCUCUCCGUGGUGAAUUUUAUCAAAUACUCCGCUAUGCUGUGGAAAUUUGGUCAGUACAGUAUUGGGGACAAGAAUUUUAUAGGGACUUUUAGAUUUGAAAAAAAGCAUAGGCAUGUUUUCAGAUGGCUAUUUUAGGAAAACCUAAAGACUUCCACAACAAUUAAGUGUUAGCAUAUAUAAUGAAGGAAUCAAUAUUGUAUCUAAACUACUUCCUUUGUAAUGGGUUAAUGUGAAAAAGAAGUUGGCUGAUUCCUAGAAUCUGGCCAGCCCUGGGUUAUUCCCAGGUCCUGGUUACUGAACAUUCCACUGUGAUCCCAGGAAUGAAGCUCAUCUGCCUGAGCAGCCGUGUCUGUGAAGGGCACUGCAGCCCCUCGGUGAAGGAGAGCUGACAGUCCUCUCCGCCAGACAGCUGCAUGGCAAGCAGGUAUCUGGAAGGAUGAUACUGAGUCCAAAACCAAUCUUAGUUUUUAUUGAAUUUAUGAAAAGGCUAAUAUAUUCCAAUGUAAUUAUUACAUAGUUAAGUAAUCAUGUUAAUUUAUCUUCAUGUAAAUGUUUUUAUGUUACUAUUCUGGAACAGUGUUUAAAAUAAAUAAUUUCCUUGCUGAGA